AUGGCUCAGUUUGCCGAGGUCCUGGCUGAAAUAGGUGACUUUGGACGCUUCCAGGUACAGCUGCUGAUACUGCUGAGUAUCCCCAACUUCCUGUCUGCUUACUACAUGUUUGCCCAGGUCUUCAUGAUCCAGGAUGAGGCACACCACUGCUCAGUGGCCUGGGUCAAGAACCACACUUUGAACCUGAGUUCUGUCGAGCAGCUGGCACUAAGCAGGCCUCUGGAUGCUGCAGGCAGGCCCGAGCCCUGCCUCAUGUUCCGGCCGCCCCCUGACAAUGCCAGCCUGGAGGACAUCCUCAGCCACCGCUUCAAUGAGACACAGCCUUGUGAAUCAGGCUGGGAGUAUCCUGAGAACAGGCCUCUGUCCCUCAAGAACGAGUUCAACCUAGUUUGUGAUCAGAAGCACCUGAAGGAGACCUCUCAGUCGGUGUACAUGGCCGGGCUCCUUGUUGGGGCUCUCAUCUUUGGGCCUCUCUGUGACUGGAUCGGCCGCAAGGCCACUAUCCUGGUGCAGCUGCUACUCUUUGCCCUCAUUGGCCUGACCACAGCCUUUGUGCCCAGCUUUGAGCUCUACAUGGUCAUGCGUUUUGCCGUGGCUACUGCUGUCGCUGGGUACACCUUCAGCAACGUGGCCCUACUUACAGAGUGGGUGGGGCCCUCGAGGAGGACUCAGGCCGUGGUCCUGGCCCACUGCGCCUUCUCUGUGGGACAGAUGGCGCUAGCAGGACUCGCCUAUGGCAUCCGAAACUGGAGGCUUUUCCAGAUAGCUGGCACUGCCCCCGUCUUGCUGCUGGCCUUCUACUUCUGGGCUCUGCCGGAGUCAGCACGGUGGCUUCUGACCCGGGCGAGGGCAGAGGAGGCUAAACAAGUGAUCCAGAAGGCAGCCUCAGUCAACGAGCGGAAGCUCUCCCCAGAGCUCCUGAGCCAGCUCAUCCCAGAGAAGACAGGCCCCUCCGGGAAUGCCCUGGAUCUGUUUAGACACCCCCAGCUCCAGAAGGUGACCCUGAUCCUCUCCUAUGUCUGGUUUGUGGACAGUCUGGGGUACUUUGGCCUGAGCCUCCAAGUCGGUGACUUUGGCCUGGACAUCUACCUGACACAGCUAGUCUUCGGAAUAGUUGAGGUGCCUGCCCGCUACUCCAGCAUCUUCACGAUGCAGUGGUUGGGCCGCAAGUGGAGCCAGAUGUUGACGCUGGUUCUGGGCGGCCUCAUGUGUAUCGCCAUCAUCUUUGUCCCAGCAGAUCUGCCGGUGGUGGUCACUGUGCUGGCCGUGGUGGGCAAGUUUGCCACGGCCUCCAGCUUUACCAUCUCCUACGUGUACUCUGCCGAGCUCUUCCCCACAGUCAUCCGGCAGACGGGCAUGGGGCUCAUGGGCAUCUUCUCGAGGAUUGGGGGUAUCCUCACCCCUCUUGUGAUCCUGCUGGGCGAGUACCAUGCGGCCCUCCCCAUGCUCAUCUACGGCAGCCUCCCCAUCGGGGCGGGCUUACUCUGCGCCCUGCUGCCAGAGACGCGUGGCCAGCCCCUGAAGGACACCAUCAAGGACCUGGAGCAGGGGCCCCACCCACGGCCUCCAGAGUCAGCACCUUCAGAAAAGGAGACAGAGGCCUCAGGAAGAACUUCCAGCCCAGGGGUGGCUUUCGUGAGCAGUACGUACCUCUGAUUGUGUCUUUGGAGCUGGAGCAGCGGCCUCAGCAGCCUCAGGGAGCUGCCUGAACACCGCCUGGAAAAGGCUGGGACCUGCCUCGCAGGCAAGCCCUGCCUCGCAGACGGAGGCAGCAAACCCUGGCCCCCGGCUGCCUAGUCCCUAAGCACCCGGGUGGGCCUCCCUCUUCUCCUUGCUUCUCAUCAACCUUCUCACCCCAGCACACUCCCAAACCCUGUUCUGGGGCAGGGUCCUAGGCAUAUCUUGGGCUUCACUUG